CACCACAUAUAGGUAGACUCUGAUAAGAACUGCGCGAUGAGAUAGCACAACUGGCCGGCCGGACGGACACUUCAUCAACCGGCCGAUUCUCAUUUGCAAAGUGAUACUCGAUCGAAAAACACGACACGGUAGAACGAAAGCAGUGCAGAUCGUUCCUGACGGACAGAAAUGCUAGAAUAGUGUAUAGAUUUAGAAGCUUGUAAAAUAAUCUCAUCAGCGGUUCAGCAACAAUAAACCGUACCAGUGAGUGUGUCUGUGUGUAAACCCAACGAGACACCCAACACCAACGAAACCCGCCGGAGGUCAGCAGUGUAUGUGUCAUGAAUCCAGACGAAUAUGAAUCGCUGCCGACGACCAGUGUAGCCACCAACAUGACGGCCGGUGCGAUUGCCGGCGUCAUGGAGCACUGCGUGAUGUACCCGCUGGAUUCGGUCAAAACCCGGAUGCAAUCCCUCACGCACAUGCACGUGAACGACACAAUCAUCUCGACGAUGCGCGACAUGGUCCGUUCGGAGGGCCUGUUGCGACCGUUCCGCGGUGUGAUGGCCGUUGUUGCCGGGGCGGGCCCCGCACACGCCCUCUACUUCGGAGCGUACGAGUACUCGAAGGAGACGAUCGGGCGCUUCUCGGAUCGGGAUCAGAUCAACUACAUGGUGUCGGCCGCGUUGGCCACCCUCGUACACGAUGCCAUCUCCAAUCCGGCCGACGUCGUCAAGCAGAGGCUACAAAUGUACAACUCCCCCUACAGAUCGAUCCUGCACUGUGCCCGCCACGUCUACCGAACCGAAGGCCUGCGAGCGUUCUAUCGAUCUUACUCGACGCAGCUUGUGAUGAACAUCCCGUACUCGGCAAUCCAAUUCCCGACGUACGAGUUCUUCCAGAAGCUGCUCAACAAAGACAAUAAGUAUAAUCCCCCCGUGCAUAUGCUGGCAGGAGGUGCUGCGGGCGCGGCCGCUUCAGCCCUCACUACACCCCUGGACGUGUGCAAGACUCUGUUGAACACCCAGGAGGACGGUGCCGGUAAAACCACUGGUCUCAUCCAGGCCGCAAAGAAAAUCUACCGCACGGCCGGAGUUAUGGGCUUCUUCAAGGGACUACAGGCCCGAGUUCUCUACCAGAUGCCCGCGACCGCCAUCUGCUGGUCCACCUACGAGUUCUUCAAGUACAUCCUUACGGAGGGCGCCCGGGGAGCAGUGUGGAGCAGCAGCAGCAGUACCUCAUCGGAAGCGGCAGUAGAGAAACCGAAGGAAUCGGACAAAAAACAGCUGUCCGAUCUGCGAUACGUGCUACCGGUAAGUGCGGCAUCGGCCGAAGCCUCGGCCAGCAGUCUGAUCGUGCGCGGUGGGGCCGGACAGUCGUCCGGUGGCGAUCGGGAUGGGGGCCGCCGCGAACUGCCCGCCAUGUCCGGGGCCGGAAUCUACGGAGCGAUGAGCUACAACACGAUGCACUCGAAUGAUGCAAACAUCACCGAUCAUCACCAUCCGCUGCGGAGGACCAACUAGAGGGCCCCCGAUCGGCUGGACGUGUCGUCGUCACUCAAGUUGACCUUGGUUCUAUAGCGAAAAAAUGUGGCAAACAAAGAUGGAGACGCGCCCGCCAGCCUGGUUAUUGGAGGGACAAAACGAACUAUCGUCGGUGGAUUGACGACGGUGAUGAUGAUGAUGAUAAUAAUUAUUGUUAUUUAGUUAUGUAAAUAGAAGCUAUCGCUCUGUGGUGCCCCCGUAUCGCGUAUUGUGCGUGGUUGCAUGUACCGAGUGGUGGGAGUUGGAACAGCUAAACAGAACAAACAACCAUAGAUCAGGGAAUUAAAAAAAACGCGGAACGGUUCUUCUACUUGAUGAAGCUGCGAUCGAUUUAGAUGAUGCGCGUUCCCAGCGUCCAAGACGCUGCUGCCACUUGUAAAUUUUUAGUCGUGUAGGUUCACACCCUAAUCCUACUCUAAUUAGUACCUUUUCCCCGCCUGUUCCCUGUCCCUUAGUUUAGUUUUAUUUUCCUGUUCCAAAUACAGCCCAGAAAAGUGUGAGCAACAAUCCCAAUUCACAAAUUUAGGAGCAUCUGGCCGAGGACGAUCCUUCACUCGAUCAAUCGAAUAAUCAGUAAUGGUCUGCGCUUUGCAAAAGAAAUGAGUCAAUUAAUACAAAUAAGUUCGACAAAUGAAGUUCCGCCUAGGAAAAUCGAUAAUCGAUUGGUAUUUUUUCUCUGUAGAAUACCUACAUCCGGAAUUUGUUCGGAAACGAAAAAGGUUCCCCGCCCGACUGAUAUGCUCUACAAGUUCCUUUCCUACGAAAAAAUCUUCUAACAUAAGAUUGUUGCCACCGUAAAUUGUUAGACUGUUCUUGCGCUGCGCGAAGGCAUGAAUCGUGGACCUUCCCGCAGUGUACUCUGUUCUUUAGUGUUUGGCACUUUUGUAGAGUGUUUGCAUGUGUAACCUCGUUGUCGUUGGUGAUGUAAUACACCUCUGCCGCACCUUCCCACUUGCAAUAAGAAUCAGUCGUCAAAUUACAAUCAACUUACCCAAAAAACCACACACUACCCGCACCCAAAACCAUGCCCAGCCCACGAUAGAUUGCCAGUAGGUACCGCGGUCGGAAAAUCGCGUUUGUCGCUGGUGAGAACAGAAUAGAAGCAUUAAAUCAAAAUUGUUUUCAAAACUUAACCAUGUUUUGGCUCCAAUACACGUAAGGUGCAAACAAAAAUUUUCAAAACUACAUUAGUAAAAUACAGAAAAAUAGAUAAAACGAGAGACAAAUAAAGAACCUUGACGCGGUUGUAGCUGAAAUAUUAGUCAGAAGCAGAAGAUUAACAGAAACUACACGUACACAGACACACUUAUUAUACACUCUCUCAUAUAUUCUAUACAUAUAUUAUUUUUACCGUUUUGAAUCGGUACUAAGUAUCGUCUGAUGGUGAGAUGCCAUAGAAUGCUUGAUACCAAAGGAUCAAGAUGAUUAUUAUUGAACGAUGAAUCUAUGCUUAAUUAUUAACUACAAAGACAAACAACAACAAGAGCUAUUAGAUUAGACGAAGGACAAACGGUGUUAUCACAAAGAAACGCAAAACUGUUCGCGUUCACAACACCCUGAAGAAAGAAAGAUUCAGAUUGAUAUUACCUACCCACACUGAGUAUUCCGUUCAGGAACGUGACGGGUGACCGGAAACAAGUUUACGGAAAAAUGUUUGUUUUAACUUUGGUUCUUGUUCGGAACGAGCGACAGACAAAAAAACCCCGAAUGUUUAAGAUUAAACGGACAAUGGAAAGCGAUUUGUCGAAGAUUUGUACAGUGAGAUGGAAAGAAAUUCAAAUUAUU